AUGAGAAAAAUACGUUUUCGUUAUAUAAAAGAAAAUGGACAAUCAACAUCGGUUACUGUACGAUGUUGUCUUAAACGUAAUUCUUCACUUAUAUCCGAAGCACUUAGACAUUAUCAACGAUUGGAACGACAAAAUGAUGGAGAAAUAUCAACAAGAAAAUUAGAUAAACAAAAUCGACGUCAUUAUCAACAUGUUAAAGAAUGUAAAUUUCGACCGAUUGUUAUUGAACAAGCUGUAACACAAAAAUUAAAACCAACAACUAAUAAUCAUCAUUUUGAUCCAAUUCAAUUACGUCGUAAACAAUGUUCUUCAACAUUAAUUGAUGAAGAUCUUCCAAUAAUAUCUAAUUGUAAUCUUAAUUAUCUAUCAUCUCCAUGUUCAUCUUCUUCUGGUUUUCGAAGUCAUUCACAUUCAUUAAGUAAUCAAACAUCAUCAGUUAAUAAUGAUAUAGAAAUAUCUAAUGAAAAUCUUAUUAAACGUACUAAUAUAAUUAAAGAAAUUUAUAAAACUGAAUAUGAUUAUAUAGGACAUUUAAAAAAUUUAGUUGAUGGUUAUAUUAAAAAAAUGCGUUUACGUCGAGAUUUAUUUUCUGAAAAACAAAUUGAAUUAUUAAUGGGAAAUAUUGAAGAAAUUUAUGAUUUUCAACAAACAUUUUUUCAAUUAUUAAAAUUAUCAAUUAAUGAAUUAAAUCCAUAUAAAAGUCUUAUUGGAAAAUGUUUUCUUCUUUAUAAAGAAGAAUUUAAAAAAUAUUCAGAUUAUUGUAUUAAUCAUUCAUUAUCAUGUUUAGAAUUAUCAAAAUUAGAAAAUAAUAUUAUUUAUCGAAAUUUUUUUGAAACAUGUCGAUUACAAGCAAAUAUGAUUGAAUUAAAAUUAGAUGCUUUUCUUCUAACACCAAUUCAACGUAUUUGUCAAUAUCCAUUACAAUUAAAUGAAUUAUUAAAAUAUACUUCAUAUGAACAUAAAGAUUAUAAAAAUAUUCAACAAGCAUUAAAUACAAUGCGUGAUGUUGCAAAUUAUAUUAAUGAACAAAAAAGACGUAUGGAAUAUAUAGAAAUUAUUCAUAAAUGGCAACAUACAAUCGAAAAUUGGCAGGGAAAAGAUAUUCUUGAAACAAGUACACAAGGUUUUGGUCGUGCUGAUGCUUAUUUAUAUCAAAAUGGAAAAAAAGAAUCUGUGAUUUUAUUUCUAUUUGAUCAUGUACUUAUUAUUUGUAGAAAAGAUCGACGAAAUACAUUGAUUUAUAUUGGACGAGCUGAUUUAGAUCAUGCAAAAAUUGAAGAUCUUAGUGAUGGAAAAAAUAUUCAUUUAGAUGAAGAAAAUCUUGUUAAUAUAUUUUUUUCUUGGCGUUUACAUGAUUAUAUUGAAAAUAAAAUUUAUUUAUUUGCACAUCGUACACCAUUAGAUAAAAUACAAAUGAUGGAUGCAUUAGAAUAUGAACGAGCAUAUGUUAAAGAAAAUAGUUUAAAAACUCCUUUUUAUACACGAUUAUCAACAUUAAAAACUCAACAAUAUUUAACUAAUCAAUCAAAAUCAUUUCCUUCUAUUACAAAACAACAUCGUUCUAUAUCUACAAUUUUUCGAACAAGUAGUAAUCAAUCUUCAUUAUUAACAACAGCUAUUUAUCAUACUCCAUCACGACGACGUAAAUCAUCAUUACCAAGAUUUGUACGUUGUUCAUCACCUGAUUCAUCUGUUGAAGAAAGUUUUCGUUCAAUAAAAUCACGUUUACGAUUUUGGUCUUAA